GCGUGCCGCGGAGGGGCGGGCCGAGGGGCCGCCGGGAGCGCACCGGGAGCGCACCGGGAGCGCGGCGGAGAGAGCGCCGGCUCUGCCGAGCCGAGCCGGGCCGGAGCGGGCGGGAGCGGGGUUCCCGUCAGCCACCAGAGCCAGGAUGAACGUGGGAACGGCGCACAGCGAGGUGAACCCCAACACCCGAGUCAUGAACAGCCGCGGCAUCUGGCUGUCCUACGUGCUGGGCAUCGGGCUGCUGCACGUCGUGCUCCUGAGCAUCCCCUUCUUCAGCGUCCCCGUGGUCUGGACUCUCACCAACAUCAUCCACAACCUGAGCAUGUACAUCUUCCUGCACACUGUGAAGGGAACCCCCUUCGAGACCCCGGACCAGGGCAAGGCRCGGCUGCUCACGCACUGGGAGCAGAUGGAUUAUGGAGUGCAGUUCACCGCUUCCCGCAAGUUCCUCACCAUCAUGCCCAUUGUGCUGUAUUUUCUAACCAGCUUUUACACUAAGUACGACCGGAUACACUUCAUCAUCAACACUAUCUCCCUCAUGAGCGUCCUGAUCCCCAAACUGCCUCAGUUCCACGGAGUCCGGAUCUUUGGGAUCAACAAGUACUGAGCRGCGUGGCUGGGGCGGAUGGCGGAGGAGCAGGGCAAAGGGGGGAUUCCUUCCCUCCAGCCCCGUUUCCUCCCCCCACGCAGACUGGGAUGUGGUUUUGCAGCGGCUGYUUGAACGCAGAUCCCAACAGACACAUUCCGCAUGCUGGAUCCUCGUGCCCAAUAAAUCCAAACCAGCUCCAGAGUAGAGUUUAGUGCGGAGCAGRACGCGCGACACCGGAUUUCUCUUAUCCCAGGGUCAUCAAUAGAUGCAAAACCACUGAGACUUUGAGGUACAACAAGGAUGAAUUCUGGGAAGAGUCUCAUCUAUUCCAGACAUGGAAUGACGAGAAUAGGGAUGAGGGGAAAAGCUUUUAGUGCUGGUACUAUUGCUGUGGUAAAUGCACUUUAAAAUACAUUUCCCUUCCUGAAGAUGGGUGCUUUGAGCAGGAUGUGGGGGAAAUCCAAAGGGAUACAGCCAGACUUUCCCAKGACUGGAUUGUUUUGGGAUCUGAUUUCCAGUUUUAGGUGGGGAGUGGGAGGGGAAAGUGAAUGACAAGRUUUUGAUUUGCAGUCGUUGACACCACUGAGAAGGGAAGUUUUUUUUCCUAAAAGCAGCRCAGGAAGGAAUAACCUACAGUUUGACAAAGCUUUCAGUUUCCUACAGAACCAUCCAUGUGGUCCAGGGAAAAGGUGGAUAGAUCCUAAAUCAUAUUAUUUUCAGUUUAUACCCAAAUCUGCCCAGGUAACUCCACUCCCCACCCCAAACUGCUACUUUUAACACACAGGGGCUCAGUGGGCAUUUGGAUCAAGGGCUGGGGUAGGUGAUUUAAUGACUGACAACAAAUGCCAUGGAGCUCCUUAGAACAUGGACACGUGUGGGAGAGGCUGAUGAUGGACAGGUACCACAGGAGGGCUGAUUGCUCUAAUCAAGCACACAGCCAUCCUUGAAUUUCAUUGGAAUUUUUUUCCUCACUUCAGCUCCUUGGUUGCUUAAGUGCAUGUGACUGGGAUUUGCCAGUUCUCCAUGRACUCAGGGGAAAUGAGAGUUAGAUUUCUGGCUUACCUGGAAAUCUGUCCCUCAGCUCCCUGCCCAAGGGCUGCRUGAGCAGCAGCAUCAGCAGAAGGAAAUAAUAAUAAUUUGAAAACAAAUUUUUUCAUAGAGGAGCAAAAUUGAGCCUUUUCCUCCUAAAAUUGCCCCCUAAAUAAAGCCAUCUUAGGUUUCCUGGCUGAGACAGACCCAAAAUUACCUGAUUUUCUUUUGGGUUGUGUGUCAGAUGGAAUGGGUUUCCCCUCAUGCUUCCCCAUGAAAAUCUGUGUUUUUGUUGUCUUAGUGCUUACAUUGUUUCACCUUUUUUGACAAUGGUAUAAAUCUUUUAAAUGUACUGUUUUAUUUCCUGCAGUAGCAAACCAGGCUUUAGAGGCUGUGGUGGAGAGUGUUGAGCUGUUGGAUGGUCUGAGCAUAGGAUAUGGAAAGCGGAAUUUSAGAUCUGUUACUACUCCAUGCAUAAUUUUAGGCAAGGUGCUUCACUUUCUCAGACUUCCAUGGGACUGCUCCAGGGAAGGGAAAAUAUUCCAUGUACCUUAGAGGGCUGCUGGAGUGCAGUGAGAAUCACUCCCUAAUAUGUUUGAGAAGUGGAAAUAKAAGUGAAAAGGAAGUUUUCAAGCAGGUAGAAAAAGAAAAGAGUCUGGCUGGAGACCCAGGGUGUUGACAGAUGUGCAAUUUCCUUGACAGGGAGGUUAAACCUUCAAUGCAACCCCCAGGAUGCAAGAGCUGCUGCUUUAGUUAAGGUACUCUCUACCCUAAUCGGCUCUUUUAGCUACUGACAAUGAUAAUUGUAAUCAAAAUAGAGAUAUUUCAUCAAUCAGUUGGGAAAUGACACAGACAUGAGCAAUAUUCCUGUGGGAAAGGCCACUCCAGGGAGGGGCAGAUCCUGGCAGGGUGGCUGAGGCURGACCUGAAAUGUUGACUCUGGUGAUGAACAGACCUGAGUGUCUGCCCAGACACAACUUUCAUCUCCAGAGKAAAGAAAACUAAUUAUUUUGGUAGAAAACAAGGGGAAAAACUUUUUUUUUUGCAACAUGAACAGUCUCUAGAUGCUUUCAAACACGACUUCUCAGAGACAGACAUAUGCUGGGUAUUUCUAAGCAUAUGCACAUCACAGAUUGAUAAGUUUAGAACAAUUAUUAGUUAAAGGAAUCAGCAUUUUUUUAUGAGAUACAACAAYUCCCAGUGUCGCCUUGAAGGCAUUACAACAGCUGUGGGUUUGAACAUGUUACUUGUGCUGGUCAUUGAUUCUAUGGAUAUCUGACCCUGUUUUCUUAAAUUAAAGAUCAACUGGGACCYGGAAUGGGAAUAUAAACUUCACAAACAAGCAGGUUCUAAAGCCUAAAGUCCUAAACUUACUGUAAUCAAGGUUUUGCCUAGCAACAAAAGUAUACUUGUUUUGAUUUCUCUCCUUUACAUAAAUGAUCAAAACAGUCAACACAGGAGUCAUGUGAACAUGACAUUCUUUUAAACAUGGGUGUGGUGUUUUUCCAUAGAAUAACCAAAAUUAGGAUUAUUCUAUGGAAAUAAGAAUAACUGUCAAGGGAAACAAAUGGGGACAGGAGAAAUACGGAAAGGAGUGAGUUGAAGAAAGAUUUCAUGUUCUAAUGUGUGUUAGGUAUUUAUAUAUGAUUAAUAAGUAUUUGAACAAUUACACAUUGGGUAGAAUCUUCCUUAAGGUCCCGACUUCUGGGUGGGUGUCAGGAUUAAUCAAAAAUAAAAGGCAGGAAGUUAAUUGUCAUUAAACCACAAUUCUUGGGUGUACCUGAGGCAGCCUGAAGUGAAAGGACARCAUGGGCAGGCUGAGGGGUUGUCAGAUGUGUCCUGACAGGGGACAGAUCAGGUGGGGGCAGAAAUGACACGUGAGCAGAACUYCUUGGAGAGUGGAGUUUUCCCCAGGUGCCUGCAUGGAGGAGAUAACGGAUUCUUACUGGUUUUACAUGGGAUUCUSAUCACACCAUGCUUGACAGAUUUCCUCUCACACUUGUCCUGUAUCAUGACUAGGGCACGUUCUCACUGCGGAGAUCAAAUUUCCUGUGACAGAGAAAUAAUUCCUAAGUAAGAAGGUACUUCAAGCUUUUAUCUUUUGUUCUGCAAUGAAAGAUAAAAGCUUUUGAAAGGCUGAAACUCUUCUCAGGAWCUGGCAGCAUCCUGUCCCAUCUUGUACUGGGCAAAGCCUCCUCAGCCACUGUCAGCACCACGCACGUAUCCAUGRGGUACGCCAGUCCCUGCUCCAGGACACUCAGAAAACCAGCAAGUCCUCCCAGCCUGAUGCUCCUGAAUCAGGGAUCCUGACUUGGGAGUUGUUUCACAGGGCUGCCAGGCUGGCAAAYAGACCAGACCUUUGCAGGAAAAAGCCUUUAAAAUAAACUAGAUGGAGGGCUACUUAAUUCUCRAGUACUUUUAUGUUUGAAUCACUGUUCAGUUUUGGGUUGUUUUUAGAAGCUCGGUACUGGCCCUCGAGGAGGGGACAGCAGUGAGUUAACACAUUAAUAUUCCUUCUUGUGACUUAUGUUGCUUUAUCAUUGCCUAGAAUAUCUUUUAAGCAUGCGAGUGUUGGUGUAUCCGUAUCCUCCUUGGAUCAGUUAAAUCAGCUGAAUUAGUUGGGAGGGUUUUUUAAAGGAAUGUUCUGUACAGAGUUUUAGGGGUAUUUUUCCCAGUAGCCUUCUUUUUGCUGUGGAUACAGGAGUCUCAUGUAGAGAACUUUCUAAAAUAAAGUGUGAAUAUUUUUAUUACUCCUUUGUACAGUAUUCUAAGAGAGACUAAUAAAAGUGAACUAUUCAGGUAAAAACUU